AUGCCUACAGAAAAUGAUGUCAGCCCACUGUGCCUAAAACCAUCCAAGCUAAUCCAAGCUUUCUUCAGAGCUUUCAGAAGCAUGAAGGUUCAUGAAAUUAAUGAAGUUGCAGAAGUGGUUGAUCCAUCAAACCCAGUGAACUUUAAUCUUCAGAGGGAAGAAGUGGAUUAUCUUCUAUGUAAUGAAAUUGUUCUGCAGUUCCUCGCUUUCACCAGUUAUUAUUGGCUGCCCAUGGGCACAACACCCUUAGAUAUCAUUGAUUGUUCUCCUGGUUAUCAAAUCAAGUACAGAGUUGAUCCUGGAUUUCUGAAGCCAGGUGAACGGAAAUUGUUUUUACGUUAUUUGGCUCUCCAGACAUUGCAAAUUGACAUUUGGGAUGGAGAAUCUUUGCUUCUAAUAGGAUCAGCUGCAGUGGAAAUGAAGAAAAUUAAAACCAUCUCUGCUUGGCACAUAAUAUAUGUUUGGGGGGGGGCGUGGCUUGCUGUCUGCCUGCAUGGUCGCACACUAGCAGAGCUCCGUGGCCAGAUUCACCCUGACAACACAGUACACCCUGUUAACAAAAUGAAAAAGCAAGGUAAGACACCUGCACAAACGGCUAAACUAAAACAAAGUAAAAUCGCUAAAGAUUUAGAAGAACCUACCGAGUAUUUUGAUAAUAAUACUGAGCUGCGUGUAAAAUCCAAGAUGGCGCCCGCUCGAAAACGCAUGCUAGAUAAAGACACAGAAAGUCAGCAAGAACUUUCAGAGUCAGAAAGCGAUUGUGAGGAAGACAUAAGAUCUUACCUAAAAUGCUUACCAUCUAAAGCAGAAAUUAAAAAUAUGUUGCAGGAACUUACCACAGCCAUAAGAGAUGAAAUGAGAGAUCUCAAAAAAGAUGUAAUAAGCCUAAGUGCUAGAACUGACACUAUGGAAAAAAACCAUGAAAAACUGAUCAAACACAAUACCUAUUUACACAAAACUGUACAUAAUCAAGCUGAAAAAAUAGAUGAGCUUGAAAGACAAAUGGAGGAUUUUGAAAAUAGAAGCAGAAGGAUAAACAUAAGAAUAAGAGGAAUCCCAGAAACAGUUUCACAGGGAGAACUCAAAGGGUCACUACAGCAAAUCUUUAAUAACAUCCUUAGUAAAGAUCUAAACAACGAAAUAAAAAUGGACAGAUACCACAGAGUGGCAAAAACAAAAAAUGCUCCUCCAGAUUCUCCAAGAGACGUUUUAUGUGCAUUACAUGACUAUACUACUAAGGAAACCAUUCUGAUGAAAGCAAGAGAAAUGAAAAACAUUACAUUUGAAGAUAGCAGAAUUAUACUUUUCCAGGAUCUAUCAUGGAGAACACUAAACAAGAGAAGACAACUAAAACCACUCACGGAUCUACUAAAAGAAAAAGGAAUACAAUUCAAAUGGGGAUUUCCAUUCAGCCUUUCAGUAAGAAAUAAUGGCCAGCUUUUUAUCCUAAGAAAUCCAAAAGACACUGAUGACUUCUGUAAAAGAUUGGACAUUGAGAGAAUCGCACUACCUGGAUGGGACAUUAUACCAUCAUCAGACGCUAAUAUUCCUAAAGCAACAGAAUUUUGGAAACACAAUGUUUGCCAGGCUCAGAAGUUGGCUGACUUGGAUAGUGAACUGGCAGCCAUGUUAUGCAGUCGGAUGAAAGAGGUUGGCAUAGCAUAUCAGCAAACAAACAGUGAGACGAACACAAUAGAAAGACGGAAAAAAGAGAGGAUGAUGGCAGUGAGACAGCAGGAGUCACAAGAGAAUGCUUAUCUAAGAAAAUCUCUUAUUCUGGCUCAACAUGAGGAGCGUACUCAGCACACGAGAGAUUUGCAGAUCAUUGAAGCAUACAGAGAACGCACCAAACCAGAGUGUAUCUCUAGUAUGCUGAAUCAGGCCAUUACCUCAAAUUACACUGUCUAUGCUACACUGGGCACUGCAGAGUUCUUUGAAUUUGAACUAAAAAAUCCUUACAAAAUAGCCAAUACACUAUCAAUAACUAGCAAUUUCAAAAUGUUCUAUUUCUCAUGCAUUUUGGGAUUUGUGCUAAAUAGCAUGGUUUCUUUCAAGACAUCAGAUGGAAAAGUCAUUGCUAUUCUCCAAGUGAGCAUUGAACCUCAGCCACAUGUUGUUGAUCAGACAUUUCGAUUUUAUCCAGAACUGACAUUUCUGAAAAAGUCCAUUCGUUUGCCUCCGUGGUACACACUUCCAGGUGCUCCAGUUGGUACACCUGGUGGGGAACCUGAUCUUCACGUGUGCUGUAGUGACAUCAAUAUUAUCUGUGAUUCCAAAAAAUGGAGAUUAAGUAGCGUAAUGUUUGCUGAAAAGGGUCCAGGAGAGCCUCAGGAUGUGUUUAUAAAAGUUGCUGGAGGACCCAGCCCACAAAUAUUCUUCAUUGCACUUUACAUAGAUCCUUGGCUUGCGGCUCCUAUUCAGAUCUGGCAAAUUUAUGUGCACUCACUAAAGAGAAUAGAUGUUAGUUGCAUAACUGGCCAGCUGACCCAGCUGUCUCUUGUCCUUCGAGGAACUCAAGUGGUACGGAAAGUCAGAUCUUACAGUUCACAUCCAGAGGAACUAAAGGUUGAUCCAGACAGGGGAUUUGUGUUUCCUCCAAAUGGAAUACAAGAUCUUCACAUUGGUGUGCGCCCUCAGAAAGCAGGCAGCAAAUUUAUUUACCUCAAUUUAGUAGAUGUGGAUCAGCAUCAACUCGUAGCAUCCUGGCUGGUUUGUGUGUCUUGCAGGAAGCCUGUUAUUUCCAAGGCUUUUGAAAUUCUACUUCCGGUUGGUGGAGAAAAAGGUUCUAACAAGAGAAUUUCAUACAGAAACCCAUAUCCAACUAAGAAAACAUAUUCUCUUCACAAAAACAGAAUUGAUCUCCCGCAAUUCAAAGAAAAUUACUGUAUUUUGAGAACAAGCUCUUCUAAGGAAUGCGAAUCUCCUAGGUUGCAUACAUUUUCUCCAUGGCUGGUCUGUGACAGAGAAACCUACAGUAUUGGCCUGUGUUUUGCACCAAGUCAGACCAGAGGCCUGGAAGAAAUACUGAUUUUCAUCAAUAACCGAGAAGACAAAAAUGAAGAGACAUUCCAUGUAAAAGUCAGAUAGGAGUAGUUUGUAUUGAGCCACCAAGUUAUUUGCUAUAGGAACCAGAUAUAGUGCUUCCUAUAUAGAUCUAUGGGAAAUGCACUUUUAAGUGAUCAGUGAGUGUUUGCGUACGGUUUCCCUGUCACUCCAAUGAGUGCCUCUUGCCCUGUGUGCAACAUUUUCUUUAUUAUUUAUCAACAUUUUGAUGCCACAGAAAACAUUACCGUUUUUAUGGAAAUAAAAUGGCACUUUUAGGGAAGUGUAACACUUUUUGAGACGUGAUUUUUUUUUUUUAAAUAGCAAGUCGCUCUCAGAUUGCCUCAAAAAUGUGCCCAGCGUUACCCCUGCUUGGUGAGUGUGUGGUUACUGUCAGCUCUGUAGAGUAAUGUUCCCUCUAAUUCCUUUGCGGCUAUGUGUGCAAAAAA